AUGAGAAGUUUAAGGUGCAUUAAAAGAGUGUGUGCCACAUGUAAAUGGCCGUGGUCUCCCGUGAUAAUCACAUAUCCUAUGCGUCUUUUUUCGACUACAUCUGUUUCCCUGGUAGGAUCGCCCACUGCCUGGACAGAGAAAGAGAGGGAUACAGAUGAAUGGAAUACAUUGGAUGUUUCUUCUGUAUUUAAUAAACCUGAUGGUUUCUCUUCAAAAAGAAAUGAGGUACACCAGAAUGAAAGUAUUUCUACUGUUAUAUCUUCAGUUGAUAAACCUAAAAAGGUUGAAUUGGAUGUUUCUGUCCUUGAUGCCAAAGGAAAUAUCGUCCCUGUGAAACCUGUUCAAUGUUUUGCAGACUUGUCUAAUUCACCUGAUUGGUUAACGAAAGGACUUGAAACAUUGGCUUACCCAUCUACAACUCCUAUUCAAGCUCAUACAAUUCCUGUUCUUGAUGAAGGACAUGAUCUUAUUGGAUUAGCUCCAACUGGAUCUGGGAAAACUGUGGCCUUUGCGGUACCAGCAUUAAAACGAUUUAAACGUAGUCCUUCUGGGUUACCAACAAUAGUUGUUCUCGCCCCAACUCGAGAACUUGUUCAGCAAACGGCAAAGGUAUUUUAUCAACUGAGUUCUGGAAAUGUUCGAGUUUGUGAGGCUUAUGGAGGUGCACCAAGAGAGAUUCAAGCCAGACGAUUACAUAAUGGUUGUGAUGCACUAAUAGCAUGUCCAGGACGUUUAAAAGAUUUUCUUCAAAAUGGUGAUGUAACGCUUGAUCAUAUGUCAUUCUUGGUUUUUGACGAAGCAGAUCGAUUACUUGAUAUGGGAUUUAAAAUUCAAUUGGAUGAAAUAUUAAGUUAUGCUGAUCCAUCACGACCUGUUCAAACUAUGAUGUGGUCAGCCACAUGGCCUAAAUCUGUUGAAGAUUUGGCACGUGACUAUCUUUCAGAAAAUCGUUAUACAAUCAGAGCAGGUACAGCUGGUACUGGAUUACAAGUAAAUGAAAAUAUUAAACAACAUAUAUUUUUUGGAGAUUCUCCACAAGAACGUUUAGAAACUCUUGUUUCACUUAUUCAAAAAGGAACAAUUGAUGAAAAUACAGCUAAAAUGAUGAUAUUUGUGGAGCGUCAAACUGAUACAGAUAAUGCUGCACAAAUGCUUGCACGAAUGUUGGGUAUUCAUUCUAGAAAUGUCGGUGUAAUUCAUGGUGGAAUGCCACAGCGUCAGAGGGACUAUAUUAUGCAUAAUUUUAAAACUAACCGAAUUCGUAUACUCAUAGCUACUGAUGUUGCAUCUCGAGGAAUUGAUUUUCCUGAUGUGACAUGUGUAGUAAAUUUAUUUGCACCAAAAAAUAUUGACAGUUAUUGUCAUCGAAUUGGACGUACAGGAAGAGCUGGACGAUCUGGAGAUUCUUUUACCUUUAUUGGUAGAUCAGAUGGAUCUUUAGCAAAAGACCUUGUGGAUUACUUACAAAAAUGUGGAAUGGAAGUUCCAGAAAGACUUGUUCAGAUUUCUGAAAAAUAUAUCAAAAUCGAAGAAGAACGUCGUUUUAAGCGAUCGCGGAAUGGUCGAUAUGGACGAGAUAACAAGCGACGAAGUUGGUCUAGCAAUACUACUUCGUCACAGGAUAGUGGUUGGUAA